AUAUAUUUUAAUGAUUAUCACUUCUGUAGUCUGAUGCAGGGGUAUGAACGGGCAGCCAGCACCAGGAGCAGAGCCACGUUCAGCAUCAGCCAUAAAGAGCAAUGGAACAGAUUCAAAUUUUGAAUUAAGGAAUUCAUUUACAGGCAGUAUUUCAGCCUGCAAAGAUUUCCCUGGUAGAUGAGGUGGGGCAGAGCUCAUGUAACUCACCAUAUGUUGUCUUUAGAGCUGUGUGGUCCAUUUUUUACAUCUUUGGGGGAAACGUGUAGGAUGAGUGUUUGCAAUUGUGUUCACAGCCUGCUCACCUGCCUUGUGAAUGAGGAAACUGCAGCUUAUAUUCAGGAGGAGGCAUCUCCUUUUGUGUUUGCAAAAGGGCAAGCUUGUUUUGGUUUGAAUUUCAGCAGCACAGAGGUGGGUCUUUUGUCUGUGUGUUUAUGGGAAGCUGGAAAGGAGCAGCGUUAUGCUUGAAAUUCAGAGUGAUGUAAGAGGUCCUGACACCCAGUCCUGCAUGAAGCCAGGUUUAAGGCCAGGUAUCUUAAAGCCAUGAAACACCUUUCUUAGCAGGUGUUUAUUUAGCCUUAUACAUGUAUUGCUGCAGCUUAUCAUCUAGCUUUUGGUUGCUUAAAAUGCUGAGAUUUCAGGGUUUUGUUUGGGAAGAAAAGAAAAGCGAGGAAGCUGGUGAGCACCUGCUGAGCUCAGCCCUGCCCCGGGGAUCCCAAGGUCAGUGUUCCUUCAGCAUCUCCACCUCUGAGCUGCAAGGACCCAAAGAGAACUUGAGAAGGCUCAACGAGGUGGCGGUGUCCUUUUGGUGACCGGUGGCUGCAGAUAGGUGCAAUCUAUGCUUUGUUCCAGGACAUCCAGCAGGGCCCUUCUCCUGGCAGGACUCAGCCUGCUGUGCACAGAGCACACCGUGCUGUUGCCAGUCCUUUGUUGGAGUGUUUGGGGGUAGUUUGACUGUACUGAGUAAUGGAGAGGAGGUGGAUGCCCUCUGGUGAUAGAGGACAAGGCACAGAUUGAAACAGAUUGAUGUUGCUUGGUCCUGUCAUUGCGUUGUGUUUGUUUUAAAGCUUGCUUGUGCCUUACAGUCUCUCUCAAUUUACUCCUUUGUUUGCAUUCUUUUCACAUAGGGACUCCUCUGUUAUUUACUAAAGCUGAUGUCUGUAAACUGCUGCUCUGAGCCGAGCAGUCUUUGCUGGUGCAGUUUAUCAGGUAAUUACUCGCCAUAUCGAGGACUGUUAUCUUUUCUUUGGUUAUGUUAUAGGUAAAGGAAGCAGCUUCGUGUUUUGCUAACCGUCUGCUUUCUGUGCUUUGAUUGUGAUAUUACAGAAUACCACGGGGGUGAGUAAUUAAGCUGGUGUUGAUCUGUAAAUGAAUCCUCUGCUCUGGCAGCCUGGAGUAAAUGUCAGAGUGCUGUAGCCUUCCAUUGCCAGCGUUUUGAAAUCUCUGUGUGUAGCUAAUGAGAAAAACACACUUAGAUCUAGUUUAAGCACAGAUAUUUGCGUGGAAUGUAGUGGAAUAGAUGCAGUAUGUGUAUGCAACCCCAGAUCCAAAGAACCAACUGUUUUCAGACAAGAUAAACUGAGUAGGUGGGUGGAAAAAAUGGAAAGGGGGAGCUCAAUAUUCUCAAAAAUUUCUAAUAUCACUUUUAGUGUUUGUUUAAUCAGUGUUUGCUUUCAUUCACUUGGCUGGGGUUCUGGCUCUGGGCAGAUGAUUCAACUUGUCUGUUUUUCCUGUCGCAGCAAAACGUGUUGUUUUUUCACAAUCAUUCAGGGUAGGUCUCAUUCUCCUUUCAGUGAUGUUAGAAGAAUCAUUCCCAAUCACCAUGAAUGUUCAGAAAUGCAGUCCUGUUUGCUUAUUUGAGUGUUCCAAGACAGGUUAUUUUGCCUCAUUUUUCUUUUGUUCAAAGAUUGAGCGGUGAAUGCUGGCAAUGCUGCCUUUAAAUUGGCCUGCAUUGUUAGCUGGGCUCACAAAGCUGGUGUGACAAUUGGAAGCUGAACGGUAAUUGAAUCAAAUACCCAUUGAAGAGCAUGUUGUUGAUAAUAAAUUAUUUGGAAGUUGCAAGAAUGUCCUUUCCCAAUAGAAUGACACUCCGUGUCCAUCUGUGGUUCUCCAAACAGAUGUGUGUGUUGCCCAGGGUGCAGAUAGCAGCUCCCCAUGCAGUGGUGAGGUGGGCCUUUCCUGAGUGCAGCAGACCUGGUGAGAAAGCAGAACUAAGAAAGCAGUAAGGAGAGAGCAUCUGUUGGUAGUAACAUGAUUUCUCUGAGUUCAUGGCAGCUCCAGCUGCUUCCUGACCCCUUUUUACUUGCAGAUCAUACAAGAACAAACAUUCCUCUCCUUACACACCCUCCAAAAAUUGGCAGAUGGGUGAACCUCUCCCAGAGCAAAAUAUGAAGAGGUCAGGUCUGUUGUCCAGAGUGAGUCCAAGAGCUGCAUCCAGCUAUCUCCUGAGGAGACCCUUUUAGGUAUUAAUGUUUUCUUGCUUACCCAAACAUGAGAAUAACCUUCGGGUAGAACUUAACCAUUUGCACUGAGAUUUUCAUCAGUUUCUGGAUGGAAACUGGCUUUUCCAGUGGAAGCACAGUGCUGUGUGAAAGCACGUAAGCCAUUUGUUAACUAUCCAUCCUGCUUCUAUCUGUAACCAUCUUUAUUUUGUUCCAAUUGCUUUGUCCUCCAUGUGCAUUCUUUGGACGUAACGUGGUGAAAAUAUCCUCCUUUCUCAUCUGCAAAAUGUCAAAUGGGUAUCAGGAAUAUCACUUUUGAGGUAGAGAGCAGGGAGGGAUGGUAUGGGCAUACAGCUCUGGGUUUUCCUGUGGCCUUCAACUCCCUUCAGUGUCAGAGCUGAGAGAAGAUUUUAAGUGUAUGUCAUAUAGAAAACCUUUGAUGUGUAGCUGUGCUUUUUUCACCUAGUUACUGCCUGCCUUUUAGCAAAGGGCAUUUGGAUUGGGCUGCCACUAGAAUGGCAUUUUCUAAAUUAAUUAAGCACCAACUGGUGGUUUAAUGAGGAUGUAGGGGAAGGAUGUGACUGGUGAUUUUGCUGAUGCUGCUUUGGGGUCUCAGCUCUCAGUGCAGGCUGCUGGGAGCCCAGUCCUCCCAUUUUCUGCUCUGGAGUUUAAUUGAGUGAGACAAGCUGCUGAGCAAACACAGAGGAAUUUACAGUGCUUCAGGAAGGAAUGACCUAAAUAUUUGCCCCAUGGUUGUGUUGUGGGUUAUCUCCAUGUUGAGUGUAAGCCACUGACGUGAGGGUUGCUUUAGGAAAUAAUGAUGGGUUUUGGUUCAUUCCCUAGCCUUGGUUAGAUGAUAUGUUAUAGAAAUCUUUUGCAAAGAUAUUCCAGCAUGUAGAUACCUAAAGUAUUGCAGAGUGAUAAGAAGUGCUCACCAUAGGUGGUUUUGACCGUAUUUCUAUUUCUUUUGAACUAAAACAUCUUUGCUUUUCUCACUGCCUCAAGAACUUUCAGUUUGCAAUGUCUGCCAUUUCAGUACUCGUGAGCAUGAGCCCCAGCAGCUGCUUGGCUGGGAGUGUCUGUGCACAUCGAUGGAUUUCAUGAAGGGGGGGAAGAGAUUCAUUCAUUCCAGACGUGUGCCAGGGAUGAAAACCCAUCGAUCUGAAAGAACUCAGUUUGUGAUGUGAUUGCAGACCGCGCUGAGUCACUUGCAGGGCUCACACCUCAGCUUUCUGCUAGGAGAGGCUUCUGAGGAUUCUGCACACAGUGAGCUGCUUGGGGAGAGCCUGGCUGUUGGGGUCAUUCAUUGCAAUGUGCCUCGUGGUCAGCCAGGAAAACAGCAUUUGUCUGCAGCUCAUUUUCAGCUGAAGGGCAGUUAGCAAGUGCACAGCGUAGCUGGUCUAAUCCAGCCUCUUUCACGGGUGGGGUGGGGGGAGAGGUGACAUUUCUUUCUCUUUCCUCUCACAAUUUGCUUUUUCUCUUCACAGUUGCUGGUUCUGUGGUCCUCGCUGCGUGUGCUUUGUUGCUGAUGGUGUAUUGUUUGAACCUGAGGGAAUGUUACUCAUAACAAAAGCACAGGUUGCUGUUAGAUACCUCACUGAGAUUACAGCAUUCCCCCAUGAUAGCAAAACAGACAAUCAUCUUCCGUCCUAACAAGCGUCCUGUGGCAGUCCUUACCCACAAAACAAUGAAGUAUUACUGUGUGAUCAUAACUAGAUGCUUGAAAUACUCCAUUAAUUAUCAGAAUGUCUGCAGAGGGGCACUGAUCAUCACUGAUGGGUUGCCUUGUGGCUUGCUGCAAAACAGAACUGAUGGCUUUGGUUUGCUUUUAAAGCACUAAAGGCCCUCUCACUGCUGGUUCCCCUCCUGCCAACUGCAGGAGGGGAUCAUAAAGUGAUGAAGCUGUUACUUCUUUCUUCCAGUGAAACCUUGUAGCUGUAGUUAAAAGCAUAAAGCGAUGGGAAAAAAUAUUUUCGCUCUGUGUCAACUGAAUAUUACCUGUUAAUUUCAAUAAUAGUGGUACAGAUGAUUAGAAAAAGAGACAAAGCAGACACAUCUCUGCUCUUCUGCUGCUGUAAAUCAGUGUCCCAGCCCUAUGGCUGUGGGGUUGUGUGACCCAUGGAUGCUGGUGAUGUCUUUGGGCCUUGCACUCCAGUGCAGAUGCCAGGGCUGUAUGUCACAGAGCUGCCAUCUGCUCUGUAAGCAGAGCAAGCCAAUUGCACCACAGCAUAUGGAAAUUUGUAUUCCAGAAGCCCUCGUUCACCAGCAAAAUGCAGAUGUUCAUCACAUUUCCCUUUGCGGUUGGUGGUGCAGUGGGAAAUGUUUUGGUUGUGAGUACUGUGUGCUGCUUCAGUGGGCUUCCAUGGAAGUUCCUGCAAGUGCAGAUGGCAUGUGAUGAGCAUUGCUGCAGACCACGGUGUGCUGUUAGCAACAGCAGUGGGCAGUGGAGUGGGAAAUCUCUGGGUGUGCCAGGCUGGGGCUGCAGGAAUCUCCAUUUGAGCCCAGGAUGUCUUUGAGUGCUUGCUUCCAUAAGCAUUUCUAACCAGAGGAGUUGAUUCCAUUUCUUUAUACUCUCUACAGGAUUAAAGAGAAAAAGGCAAAACUUGGAAGGCUCUUGUAUCAGAACAGAUGUACUGCAAGUAUCCUAGUCUAGGAAGGAAUCCAUCUUUGGCUAAACUGUGUGCAUGCUGGGAAACAGGUCAUGCUUUUAUUUUUUGUUUAUCACUAUUAACCAGUAGUCAACCUGUUAGGACAGUUGGGAAUCUCCCUUCAGAAACUGCCUUGAGUCUUUGCAGUGGAAUUAUAGAGUUUUUUUCAGGGCUGCCCUUACCAACCUAUUCUUAUGCAGCUCUCUCCAUGACCCAAGAUAGCUCUUCUGGAAAUACCAAGCUGACCUUAAUGCUUGUGUUCCUUCCUCCAUGCUCUGCCUGCACCCUAAGUGAUCAGGUUAAGAGCCCAUUGUCUCUCUAAGGUCUCUCACCAGCCUGGAGGCUGCAGCUGAAAGUCUCACAAGCUCUUUGGAGUGAACUUUCUUCUGGUCUUUCUAUGGACAAGCCUCCUCAUCUCCUUUCUUUCUUCUUCCCAUUCCAGUGUGAAGAGAAUGCCUGCACGGACUAAGGCACUGGUUUGGGAUUUGAGGUCUGAGUUCUGUUUUUCUCUCUUCUGUCUCCUUUGAAUUUGACCUUGAGUAAAUGAUCCAGCUCCUGAUAUUGCAACCAGUUAAACUCAUGCCUCAUUUAAUUUAUGCACAAAUUGUACCUUUGGAGGAGACUGUAAGCAAAUUACGAUUACAUGCCCAGGAAUCUUGUAAAUACAAGGCUUUAUCUUUUGGGUUUCAGUUCCCGUUUGUAAGGUCUUUUAAAUAAACUGAGUCUUGCUUCCAACUGACCCAAGCACUGAGUUUGCAUGCACGGAAGCAUACCAGUACAACUCCUGGUAUCUUAUCAGAUUUCUUUCCUUUUGUUUAGCUGGAUGGCAGAGGCUCUCCCUCCCAUCCCCACCCAUUGCUGUUCUGUUACAGUGGUUUCAACAGAAGCUCUUUGCAGUGACCAGCUCCGUGAUCCUUCCACCUCUAUCUGGGUAAUACCUUCUGUUGAAUUUGCUGUUGUGGUAGGAUUCUUAAAAUUGCAGGAAAAAAAAAUGAUUUGCCACUGCAAAGACUUUUGGGGCUGCUGUCAAAGUGUUUAUUUCUCGUGACCUAUUUUGGUUAUAGACCCAAGCUGACAAAAACUGAAAAAAAAGGUACAGUAAAUGGAACAAAACUAAAUGAGCCUGGAGACUGCUGAGUACAGGGCUGAGGAGGCAGAAAGGAUGUGUGACAACAUUUGUCCUUAUUAGGAAAGGGAGAUGCAAAGAAGUGUCUGACACUAAUUACAUUUUGCUCUUAGCAGGAGAAGGAGCUGCACAGCAGCAGCAGGUGAUGGCAGGAUGCAGGUGCUGCAGAAAGCAGAGAAAACAUGAAUAUGGAGGAGGCUGUGGGCCAGCUGUGUUGCUUUAACUGGAGAUGAAGAGCUGCUCAUCCAAGGGAGAGGCAGGAUUCCUGAUGUCAUGGGGAAAGCUGGGGGUAUGUGGUCAUGACAGAUUAUCAAGCAAGUGCUGUGCUCGUAGACAUGCUCGACAAGUUCCUUCAUUCAGCCUUUGCAAAAACUCUCAUUGGCUUCAGUGGGACUAGAAAAUAAACCUGCAGUGGUACAGGGUGUGCUUUCCAAAGAGCUUUGGAUGCUUGGAAUAAAGGUAAACUAAAUAAUGGACCUAUUGCUUGUGUUGGACUGCCUGAAAGUGGGUGUAGGAUUUGUUUUGCAGUGUCUCAUGCAGUGCAUCGUCAUCAGCUUUGAAUCAAUGGUUUCCAAAGCAAAGUGAAUUUAUUUGUUGUUCUCGGUGCUGUUUCAGGUCUUGAGCUUGUAAGAAUGAUCUGUAGGGUAGCUGGGAGUCCUGUUCCCUGUGUGAUAUUAGGUAGAUGCAUGUGAAGGAGAGCAAUCAAACAGUUAAUGCUGGAAAGCCUGCCUCUUCUGUCUUUCAAAUUGUCCCAGCAGGGGUUGCGUUUCAUGGUUGACAUUAGCCAUGCUGUUCCAGCUCCUGCUUCUUUCACAUCCCGCUUUUCAUCCCCCCUCCCUCCUUAUGUCUUUUUUUAAUACAUCUCUUAUUCAAUGUGGUUAAUAAGCAAAUUUGUCAUCUGCUUAUUUUUGUCUUUGCUAACACACUUCCCCCCUCUCCCCCCUUCCCUCUCAGUCCAAAUUAACAGUAAGCCAGCGAAUUGAAGAUAAUGCUACUGUGAAUUAUCCUUUGCUGCAGGGCAGCUUUGCAUUUUUAGUACCAGCCUGACUGCAGUUUGUGCUACCAAAACCAGACAGAGCUGGGCCUUUCCCCUGGCAGAAGGAAAGGAGGGGCAGAGUGGCCACUCUUCAGAGGGCUGUUGUUGGGAGCAUCCCCAGCUGCUCGUGGCCUUGGCCUCCAAGUCCCCCAGGUGUACACAAGUUCUCCUUUCUUAGGGAUACAGAACAAAGGGGUGAAUAUUACUCUCAUCCUACUGGUGUUGCCCUCACCCUACUGGUGCAGUGUGAGCUCCCUUUAGGAGAAUCACUGCUGCUGUGUUCUGCUGCCAUUCCUGAAGGCAGCGGUUCGUCGGGCUGUGCGCUCUUUGUUUGGGCUGUGCACGUGAAACCUUGGCUCCUCAAGGCUCUGCAUCUCAACCUAAAAGCUGGGAAGGACCUGUUCCCUAGGCUAGGCACUUAAUUGGCUCCUAUUUGCUGCUAGCUUUUUCAGACCACUGUAAUUACCGUGGUGACACUGAUGUGAUAGGUGUGAGCGUGUAAUGAAGCCGGAGUAAACACACCAGGUUUUUCAGCUGGUGGGGAAAGGAGUUGCAUUGUGCUCUUGUUUGCUUUGAUAACCAUUGAGCAGUAGGAAAGCUUUUCAGCUGGCUGAGGGGGCAGUUUAGGGAAUUGAGACCAAAGUGCAGCUCAGUGUGUUUGGGAGCAGGGAUCACUGUGUUGUACUGGCACUGGGGAACAGCCCAGAGAUCUCUUGGGAGUGGUAAGGCUAAAUCUAAAUGGGGAUACAUUGACACAGGGUGGUAAAAUGACAAAGGGGAGAAAUCCACGAAGCGUAGCUCCUCUCCUUUUAAAGAUGAGGUCUUGCUUUUUGUCCUUCAAUAAGAGAGGAAUUAAUGGGAAAUGAGCGAGUAGAAAUUGUAAUCACUGACAGAGUGACUGUGGCCUGGAAUAUACUGGAUACAAGAAGCAAUUCGUGGCAUAAUUAUUUAGCCAAGCCUGGCAGAGUGACCGUAGGCUGCUUCCAGUGAUUGUCUCUGGACACGAUUAGCUUUGACAACCUUGGGUCUGUCACUCACAUUCCAAUAAAAUGUGUUGCUUCAAAUUAAGCAAAACGGGAACUUUUAUCUUUUUUUAGCUGUUAGAAACUUGUGGCUCCUAUUGUUCCUUUCUCCCUUUACCUGAUGGCUGUUAGGAGUGAUGGCAGCAGGGAUUUGUCUGAGUUCCAAGCUGCUGCCAAAGCUCUCCACUCCAUGUCCAUUGGUAACUGGGGCACUGUGAGCUCCCAGCAGCAGAUUGAGCAUCGUAAUUAGAAGCUGUACAUGUUUGAUUUCUUUGGGCUAAUGUCAUAUAGUUCAGGAAUUGGCUUUGUAAUGGCACACAACUGGAACGUGUGCAAACACUCACAGCAUUACAUUAAUGUAGAUUAUAGUGGGUCCUUCUUUUCUCUAUAAGCUAAGUGUUGCCUAAUGAAACCAUUGUCAGACAUCUGUCCUUUGAGGUUUGUUUUGCAUGGUCCACUUUACUGAUCUUUUUUUCCCCUGGAUGAAUGUUUAAUAAGUACACAGAGAGCUAACAGCAGAGCUAAGGAGUGAGAAAAGGUCUGUAGAAAGUUCAGUGCUGGCACUCUGCUGAAGGUCCUGCCCUUGUGAGCCACAGCUUUGAUACUUGCUGACAGCAAAGGGGAGCAUACUAUGGAGAGAAGAGAGAUAUUAAGAUGUUUUGACUGUACUGACUUAUUAAAGCUCUGCAUGAUUAAUUGAAUUUUAUUCUGAGUUAUUUGUACAGAAUUGCCAGCCUAAAGAUAGUUAUAAGUGCAGUGAUAGUUGGACAAAUUACAUGAAUGACUCCAUUCUGACUGGGUUUGUUGUAGUGGGAACAGUUAUGCAGAAAGUUUCACCUCUUUCUCACCCAUAGUAUCUCUUAUUUUAAAGCUUCUUUUUCUCUUUAGACUCCAGGGAUCACUAAUUAGGAUAUCAUCCUCUGUUGGUUGGUAACUCCUGGUGAGUGUAGCAGAGAUAGGACUUGGCCACAGCACUGUGGACUCUAGCACUGCUGGGGCUGCCCUUAUCUGGCUCAGCCAAGCUGUGUGCUGUGCUCAGGGAAAGCAGAAUGAGGGAAUGGCAAAGCAGAGCUUUACUCUGAGAGAUGCUGCCUUCAUCCUUCUGCAGAAAUAGGGGCUGGACAGCUCAAGAAGCUUUUCAAGUUUUUAUGGUGUGGGUUGGCGAGUUGGAGCUGUUCAGCCACUUUUUAUGGGUUUGUAGCAAAAGCUGCAACAAGAUCAGACUCAGCACUUCACCUGCUGCAGCUUUCCCAUGUUUGUUGAUGUUGAGCCCAUGGGAAGUCUGACCUGUGAAAAACUGCUGUGUGCUGUGGGUUGUGGCUUAGCUGGCAAAUGGGAUUUUGGUGCUUGCAAACAGUGCAGUAGGAAUUUGGGCUCUUCUCAUUAGUUUCAACCUGAUACGGCAGCAGCUUUUGCUUCCCAGAUAGGAUUUGGGAAGAGAUUUCUUAUAGAAGUGCUUUGUGUCUGAGGGUUGGGCACAUCCUCCAGUCUAGAGAAACAAGCCACUCCAUCCAUUGAAAAUAAGACAAUAAAGGCAGGAGGGCCUUCUGGUUACAAACUAAACUGGUGGAUGGAUUAUUUGUUGCUUUUCUUUUUCCUUCUUGUUCAGUUCCUUGUGAAAUUCCUCUCCGGAGCUGCAGUGCUAACCCAGCUCAGAAGGACCCUGCGCUGUCAGCCCUGCAGUGCUCUGCCACGUCCUGCAGCUGCAAUGAGCCUUUCAUCUCGCCUUUUAGAUGAUGGUUUUCCCUGCAGAAGGCUUAUCUCAUACUGUAUGGUGCCAGGAUAAUGAGAGCCUACUUUUUGUUUCACGGGGCUUUAAAUAAAUAAAGUAAUUGGCCCUGUGUUUCCCCCUUCUCUUCCAUACUAAUGCUCUGAGCUUUAUUUACUGGUAAAUUAAGGCAGAGGUUCCAUUGCGUUCGAUGUUUAAACCUACAAAUACUCAUUUAGAAGUCAAAUGUAGCGGGGCUUAGGCAGGUUGGGAAUGAAAGCUUUGCAUUUUGUUUGCUGUCCCUUUUGCAUAUGGAAGAGGUUCAGUUCCCUCCCUGUGAUGCAUGAACUCUGAACAGCUUUUAUCUCGCUGUUUUUCUCAGCAGUCUCUGAAACGACUCCUGAAGGAGGUGGGGAACCAAAAGGGCAGAGCUGGGCAGGCCAGGAACAAGCAGCUCCUGCAUCAGGAUGCUCUGCCAGCUGCUGGGCACUCCUUAACAUGGGCAUGGUGUCAGACAUCCAUUCCCAUUUUGGAGUGCUGGCGCGUCCCACCCUGACUUAGAAGGUGGUAGCUUAUGGUGAGCAAUCUCCAUCCCAUAUGGGCACACCUCUAAAGGCUGGAUUUUGUGACAAAUUGCAGCUCUCUUUUUUGAUUCCUGACCAAACUUGUAGGCCCAGUUCCUCUUUGAAGUUGAGGUGUGGGUGGAAUCGUGAAUGGAAGAGGUCUGAUCCAGCUUCUCAUUACACUACCAGCUCAUCUUCCAGCGUUGCAGUCCCACCAAAAUGUUAGAGGCUGUAUUUGCUCCUAAGGAGAAAGGGGCUUGGAAGGGGUACCGACAAGGGCAACUUUGUCUUGUGAUCUGCAUUCCAGAACACUUUGGCCAUGGAGACCAUCCAGUGCUGGAUAGCUGCAGCAGCCACAAGGUAUCUGGAGCCUGGGAGUACUGGAGCCACAUAUGGAUAACCUGAUUGGCAUUAGUUCCUCUUUAGCAGUUAGGGUGGUGAAGGAGGAGAUCUCGGAUGACAAUGCAAAGCUGCCCUGCUUCAAUGGAAGAGUGGUGUCCUGGCUGGUCCUGGCUGAAGGCUCCCAUUCUGACACAGGCUCACAGUGCACCGAGAGCCACGCAGACCUUCCACCUCCCAUCGAGAGGACAGGUGGCAUUGGAGACUCUCGGCCUCCGUCGUUCCACCCAAAUGCUGCCAGCAGUCGGGAUGGACUGGACAACGAAACAGGAACAGAGUCAGUUAUCAGCCACCGUCGAGACAGACAUCGGCGGAGGAAUAGAGAAGGGCACGAGGAUGUCCCUCGAAUCAAUGGCCACCCCAAACUGGACAGACAUCGUGAGCACCCUCCUGGUUACGACAGCUCUUCUACCAUGAUGAGUAGUGAGCUGGAAUCCAGCAGCUUCAUCGACUCAGACGAUGAUGACAACACCAGCAGGUUGAGCAGUUCCACUGAGCAAAGCACUUCAUCACGGCUCAUACGGAAGCAUAAGCGCAGGAGGAGGAAACAAAGGAUGCGGCAGAUUGACAGGUCAUCCUCGUUCAGCAGCAUCACAGAUUCCACCAUGUCCCUAAAUAUCAUCACUGUCACACUCAACAUGGAAAAAUAUAACUUCCUGGGAAUCAGCAUUGUAGGACAAAGCAAUGACCGGGGUGAUGGUGGCAUAUACAUUGGCUCUAUUAUGAAAGGAGGGGCUGUGGCAGCAGAUGGACGAAUUGAACCAGGAGACAUGCUUCUGCAGGUGAAUGAUGUCAAUUUUGAGAACAUGAGCAAUGAUGAUGCAGUACGGGUUUUACGGGAAAUAGUCUCCAAGCCAGGACCUAUUAGCCUAACGGUAGCCAAAUGCUGGGACCCCACUCCCAGGAGUUAUUUCACCAUCCCCAGGGCUGAACCAGUGAGGCCAAUUGACCCUGCAGCGUGGAUCUCUCAUACCACAGCCAUGACGGGAGCGUACCCCCGUUACGGUAUGAGCCCCUCCAUGAGCAUCACCACAUCUACCAGCUCCUCACUAACAAGCUCAAUUCCCGAUUCGGAAAAAUUAGAAGAAUCUCCCUUAACUGUGAAGAGCGACAUGGCUACUAUUGUCAAGGUCAUGCAGCUGCCAGACUCAGGCCUUGAAAUCCGGGACAGGAUGUGGUUAAAAAUUACCAUCUCCAAUGCAGUAAUAGGAGCAGAUGUUGUUGACUGGCUUUACACACACGUGGAAGGCUUCAAAGACCGACGGGAGGCUAGGAAGUAUGCCAGCAGCAUGUUAAAACACGGCUACCUCAGGCACACUGUGAACAAAAUCACCUUCUCAGAGCAGUGCUAUUAUGUCUUUGGAGACCUCUGUGGCAAUAUGGCUGCACUGAACCUCAACAAUGGUUCUAGCGGAGCCUCUGAUCAAGAUACCCUUGCUCCACUUCCACAUCCUGCUGCUCCCUGGCCUUUAGGCCAAGGAUACCCCUAUCAGUAUCCUCUGCCCCCUCCGUGUUUUCCACCAGCAUACCAAGAUCCAGGCUUUAGCUAUGGUAGUGGCAGUGCAGGGAGCCAGCAGAGUGAAGGAAGCAAAAGCAGCGGCUCGAACCGAAGCAACAGCGAGAACAGCAGGAGGGCUCUUGGCAGAGAGAAGGACCGCAAGUCGGCGGGCAGUGGCAGUGAAUCUGAGCACACGGCCUGCAGCGGUGGCACCGGCACGGCGCGCCGGGAGAGGCCUGUCAGCCAGCUCAGCCACCGCAGCCACGUCUCUGCCACCCACAGCGAGAGGAGCCACCACAGCCAUCAUUCUUACGGGCCUCCGGGUGUCCCACCCCUCUACAACCUCCCCAAAUUGGGUUCGAAAGUCUACGGGACGAGCGGACCCCCUGGAGGGCCUCCGGUGAGAGAACUGAGCUCCGUUCCUCCGGAGCUGACGGGGAGCCGGCAGUCGUUCCAGAAGGCCAUGGGCAACCCUUGUGAAUUCUUUGUUGACAUCAUGUGAGAGGAAGUGCCUUCAGACUCUGCUUUGGGGAGGGCCGGGGGUGGAUCGUUUUGGGGCCGGGUGGGAAACGUGGUCAUUGUCGGACACUUAAGGGAAGAAAUUUGUCUGUUUUGCAUGUCACGCCUUCCCGGUUUGCAAUGGUGUGUUGCAGAAAAACCAACAAUAUGAAACAACAGCAACAACAAAACACACACACACAAAAAAAAAACCCCACGAAACAAACACAAAAAAACCCCACCAACGCCUAGGAUUGUUCAAUAUCUGCAAGUCGAUGGCGUCUUCUCUUUAUCCUCCCGUUUUUCUUUCUUCCCUUCUUGUUUUUUUGAUUGUGGUUGGCUGGUGUAUAUUCACAUCUUAAUGAGCUUUGGUAAUUGUGGCACCUACUUUCAGUGCAAUUAGUGUAUCUUUUGGGCUGAUCCGAGGACUUCUUAUUUCACGUGACUUCUGAAUUUCCAGUAAUGCAUAACGGCACUUUUAUUUUCCUGUGCUUUUUCUCCUGCAAGGAAAAACAAAGGAUUGUUGGCUGGUAUCUGUGAUACUGCCUCGUAAUGCUGGUGCUUGGAUGCAUCAGUCAGCACUAAGCAGAUACAGCACCUGUGAGUACAGACCAUACAUGCUUGGGAAGGAGCAGGCACAGACCAGUUCCCAGCAGAAAGCCAAGUUGUGACUGCCUUCAACUGCCUAGAGAGUGUAAAUCCAUCUUCCUUAUUCUUCAGAUGUCCAUUAUUCUGUGAAGGAAAUGGUGGAAUCUUGCUGCUGUACGUGCUCCUUGUGCAGAACCUGUAAUUUUAGUUCAUUCAGUUUUGUAGCUGCAGUCUUUUCCUGGGCAUUUCGGUCACAUCGCUGCUGACAGAUGUCUGUUUGUUUUUUUUUUUCUGGCUAUGAUUUGCACUUGCUUACUAGUUUUAAAAGUUGUCUCCACAGAAAUAGAAAGAUUGCUGCAGCGUGAUUCUGUUGGCAUAGCUGCAGCUUUUCCCUCUGGAAGGGACAUAUUCCCCAUUCAAGCAGAGACAGAGAAAUCCUGGCUCCCACUGGGACGUGGCUUUUCAUUUUGACCACCUCUCCUUCUGUUCUUCAUUUCUAAGCAGUAUCUUUUCCUUUUUUUCUCCCCAGCUUAAUCUCUGCUUUGAAACAGAAACCUGGAGAUACCUAACCCCAAUUGCUGAGUUACCCACAGGAACAUGUCCUGAACACCAGUGGGAAUUAGCUGUUAGCAGAGAGGUGAGAGCAGCCCAUGAGUGGUACAGUGAGUGAGUCCUUGUGCCUGACACUGAGCACAGCCUGUGCUAAAACUCCUGCUGGGAGCUUUCACUUAAGCAACUGUUUCUAGCAGGUUUUAGGACAGAGGCUUUAAAAU